AUGGAUGUAACGCCAUUUAUCGAUGGCCAGAGAGUCACCACCACACAUUGGAAGGGUCGAAAAUGCGUGACACGACGCCGCUGGGAGUACGGGCGCAGUGAAUUCAAACUGCGUCGGCUACUCGAAAGACGGCGCUUCACGCGCGUUCACUCUGACGACUCUGAGGACGAACCGGCGCCCAUGUUGCCGCCCACGCAACCGUCCGCCAACGCAUGA